AAUUAUUAUUAUUAUGUUUGCAUGAUUAGAAGAAGCUGACUGUUUGGAGUUGAAGGAUGCCUAAUUCGAAAAACAACACUUCUGAUCCCAACACCAAUGCCAAUGCCAAUGCCAAUGCUAAGAGCAAAGCUGAUUUGACGAAAAGCAAUUCGGCUUCCAGAAAAGAGACUAACAUCAAAGCGGAUGCUCCUCCUCCUUCUCAGGGAAAUGGUGGUGGUGGAACUCCAUCAGCUGCGACUCAAUCAACGGAGAAGCAAAGUCCUCGCCAUGGCAACAAGGUUUACAAGAGUGGACCACUAUUUCUGUCAUCAAAAGGGAUUGGCUGGACCUCCUGGAAGAAAAGAUGGUUUGUUCUGACAGAAACCUCAUUGGUCUUCUUCCGAAGUGAUCCGAAUUCAAGUUCUGAAAAGGGUGGUGAGGCAAAUCUAACCCUUGGUGGCAUAGACCUCAACAGCUCAGGCAGUGUGGUUAUGAAAGCAGAUAAGAAGCUCUUAACAGUGUCGUUCCCUGAUGGUCGUGAUGGGAGGUCAUUUACUCUUAAGGCUGAAACUUUAGAGGAUUUACAUGAGUGGAAGACUGCAUUAGAGGAAGCUUUGGAAAACGCACCUACUGUUGGCACGGGUACGGGACAAACUGGGGUAUCGAAAAAUGAAAAGGUUGAAAAUGAUGAUGGUUUUCAUGAACAGUCAAAAGAGCGGUCGCCUCCAAAAUCUGCUGUCCUUGGUCGGCCAGUGUUACUUGCAUUGGAGGAUAUAGAUGGGACUCCAACUUUCUUGGAGAAAGCCCUCAGAUACGUAGAAGAACAUGGAAUUAAAGUGGAAGGAAUAUUGCGGCAGGCUGCAGAUGUAGAACUUGUUGAGCGCCGAAUUCAAGAAUAUGAACAGGGAAAAACAGAGUUCACUGCAGAUGAGGAUGGACAUGUUAUUGGAGACUGUAUCAAGUAUGUUCUCCGGGAGUUACCAUCAUCUCCGGUUCCCGCUUCUUGUUGCAAAGCUUUGCUACAAGCAUAUAGAACUGAUCGGGGCUCAAGAAUCAGUUGUAUGCGUGCAGCUAUAUGCGACACUUUUCCUGAACCAAAUCGCCGUCUAUUGCAAAGAAUUUUGAUGACAAUGGAAGCUGUUGCUGAGAACAAGGAUGUGAACCGAAUGAGUGUUUCGGCUGUUGCCGCUUGUAUGUCACCGUUACUUCUUCGACCCCUAUUAGCUGGUGAAGUGGAGCUUGAGAACGAGUUCAAUAUGGGUGGUGGUGAUGGAUCUGCGCAACUCAUGCAAGCAGCUGCAGCAGCCAACCAUGCUCAAGCCAUCAUUAUCACCCUGCUAGAGGAAUACGACAAUAUAUUUGGGGAAGGGGACAUGUUAUCUGAUCUAUAUUCCGACUCAGACGAGAGUGGGAGUGAAGAGCUUAGUGGCGAUGAUGCCUAUGAAGAUGAUGACUAUGAAGAUGGUGACUAUUCAUCUGACGGUUCUCGUGAUUCUGAUCAUGCAUCAAAUAUUAGUGAUGAUAAUGGAGACAACUAUCAACAUGAAAGCAAGGCGCAAAAGAAAAUGCCCGUUAACAGCAGUGAUGUAAUGAAUGAAGAGAGGGAUGAAAUCUUGAGGCUCGAGACCCUUAAAGCUGAUUUAAUGAAGAAGGUUGAUGCGGAGGUAAGACACAAUUCAAUUUUAAAAGAGGAAUUGUUAAGCAAAAAGGAUGCUUUAGGGGACCGUCGUCUAGCUCUUGGGCAGGAGGUGGCAAUACUGAAGGAACAGUUGCAGAGGGAGAGAGAAUUAAGGAAACUACUUGAGGCUGGCCUCGUAAUGUCAAAGAAGGUCUUACCUGGAUCCAGUGAUGAAAAGACGGAGGCAGAUCUCGGGGAUAUUGCUCAAACAGAGGCUGAAGUCAUCAGUUUACAACAAAAACUUGACGAUCUUGAAAUACUGCUAACUCAAGGAAAAGUAAAAGACAAAGAGCAGGACCAUGAAGCUUCGAAUACAAAUAAGAGUAAGGAAGCUGAUUCGGUACACAAAGGGGAACCGAGUUUGAACAAGUCUUCUUCAAUCGCUGUCAAAAGAUCUAAGUCGAGGGGUAAGGCAGCUAAUACAAACUCAACACUGUCAAAAAUAACAAACAGGCUCAGCUUUUUUAAAGAUAAACGCAACAAAGUGACAAAUGAGCCGGAAACCGUAGACAAUAUAAGUAGUCGAAAAGAGUCGGAAUCACCUGAAGAAUCGUCGGUAGACACGUCAUCACAUCGGUUAAAUGGAUAAUAAUAUACAGGUUUGAAGAUGAUCAAAACAUAAGAAAUAUUUUAAGAACCACCAAAAUGCAACCAUUUUUGCUUGAGUUAAAGGAUGUAUUUAUACUUGGUUAU